AUGGCGGACGGUACGAUUUACUACAACUGGGUAUGUCGCGAAAAUUGCACAACGUUUCUCCUCGGUACAGUUUCUGACUUGAAUGCCUUUAGUUCAAGCCGAGAUCUAUUGCGGUCCGCGUUCUUGCCAAGACGCUGAAGCUGGACGUUGAACUCAAACACAUCAACGGCUCCGAGGACGCGGAUGCCAGCUACCUGUCCUUGAACCCCUUGGGAAAGAUACCGACAUUCGUGGACGGGGAUGGUUUCGUUCUCAAGGAAUGUUGCGCGAUUCUUACUUACAGUUAGUUCCUGCCCACUUGCGACGUAGUAGACUCCAUGAUCAGCAUCAUGAGCACUUCGAAAUACGAACUGAGAGGCUGACGGUUCCUAGUCGCUACGAAGUAUCAAGAGAAGAAGAACUUCCUCGGUGCAAAUCAACAGGAGUACUUUUCCGUGCAACAAUGGCUGUCCUUCGCCAACUCGGAAUUCCUCCUGGCGAUGGGUGGCGCUCUGCAUCCGAUCAUGAAGGACUUCAAGACCGAGAUUCACUGCCUCGCCAACGACUGCGGACGGAUGAUGUUACGAGAGCUCGAUAUGAUGGAGGCGCAUCUCGCAGAAAAGCCAUAUCUAGUCGGCCAGUCUGUCACUAUUGCCGAUCUCCUCCUCGCCAGUUUCGUCGGCUGUGGCUAUCAGGUCUUCCACGGAUCAUGGUGGAACGACUACCCAAACAUCUCGAAAUGGUUCCUGUCCGUGUAUAACAUACCCGAGUUCAAGGACACCAUGGGUGAGCUGCAGAAGUUUGAGAAGGAUAUCCCACUUUCUCUGCAGGGCAAGGACACGCAAGCGGCGAGGGAGAUUUUGGCUCGCAACUAUGCGAUUCCUUCGAUGGUUUAA